AUGGCAUCCUGCUGCUUUCCACCACUACGGCCAAGGGGCAAGGCUACUCUACAAUCUUGGUCACGCUCGUAUCACAGCGCAGUCGCAAGGUUCACCACCAUUGAUCGAAGGGGCAUGCCUAUCUCCUGCGAUACUGGGAUCAUGAUCGGCGAACCUGAUGAGAAUUUUGUUUACGUUGAGCCUGAAGUUGGCAACGCUAUUAGAUCCGCAAUUAUCCACCAACUUGGGUCAGGCGCUUUCAACCAUUCUGAGGCGCUUCCCCUCCAAUUUAACCACGAUUCUAAACACUUUUCUUAUAUGAGUAUUUCUAGUAUAACUAAUCCUGAUGCUAAUAAUAUGUUAGAGUCUUUGCCGUUUCCUCGUAUCGACAUACGUCAAAACUUGGGUCAACCUGAGAGCAAGAUUAGCUCUGCGACACUCUGGCUCUCCGGCAACUGGCACGCAAUCACGCUUGACGGAACACCCGAAGAGGCCUUUGAACGAACGUCGAGAGAAAGUGCUAGCAAACUAAAGGGUGCCUUGGAGAGAUUAAAGCAUAGCUAG